AUGCAUCCAGUGCCAUCCGGAAUCAUGCAUCCAAUGUCAUCAGGAAUCAUGCAUCCAAUGUCAUCAGGAGUUAUGCAUCCGGUGUCGUCGGGAAUUAUGCAUCCAGUGUUGUCGGGAAUCAUGCAUCCAAUGUCAUCUGGAAUUAUGCAUCCAAUGUUAUCGGGAGUAAUACGCCCAUUGUCAUCGGGAAUCAUUCAUCCAGUGUCAUCGAGAAUUAUGCAUGCAGUGCCAUCGGUUCCACUUGCUUUGUUUUUCCCAAAUGGUUCUGUAAGUGCGCCAACAACACCAGUUGCUACUAAAGCCAUGCGUAAUAUCAGUCAUCAGACGUCCAAACACUCCCAUCAUCAAUCCGACAGACAUGAUGGUCUAUUAUGUGUACAAAGUGGUAACUUAGAAAAAAAGAAUCGUAAUUCAAAACAGUGGUCGAAAUCUGAACCAUGCGCUUCUUUUCCUGCCGUAGAUACGUCAAUAGCAAAAAAUUCUAAGCUCGUAACAUCCUCUUUAUCAAAGCGUGUCGAUGUACCCGCUUCCAUGGCAGCAACUCCAUGUUUCUCUUCAAGUGCACCAGCAUCCAGUAAUAUGUUUCAGUCGCAAUUACCAUCAGAAGAUACGUCAUCUAUUAAAAGCAUCUCCCAGAAGCAACCAUUUUCUCUUGAUGUGACGCCGAAGAGAAAAACAGAGAGAAGGUUAGCACGACAUUUUCGGCGACAGCAGCAAUCAGAUAAUGUUAACUUUGCGGGUGCAAAGUUCAGUGAGUCACCUCAGGCAAAAGUUGUACCUUUGCCACCGUUUAUAUGGUGUGAAGAAGCAUCGUCGUCUUCAUCGUGUUCUGGUGAUGAACAAUCUGUACCACCGAUUACAGAAGUCAUAGAAGUAGAGAUGGCACGACAUGAAAACUUUCAUGGGACACCAAAAUGGAAUAAAUGCAGUCCCAACUUGCAAAUAAAACCGCUGCACUGUGUUGCUGUAUCACCGAGUUCAUAA